AUGCCUCCUGUCAGGAACGUGAAGCACGAGACCGAUGUCGUGCUGCCCAAGGCGGGCGAGACGUACGUCGCCGACGACGGCACUGUCUCGCAGGUGCUGGAAGACCACAUUGACGCAAACUACGAGCCAACGGAAGAGGAAGUGCUCGAGUUUGCGGACUGGAUUGGCAUGAAGCUGCCACAGGACUCGGAGUUUUUGUGGCUUGCACGUGAGGGCCUCAAGACGCCACUGCCAAAGGAAUGGAAGCCGUGCAGCACGAACGAUGGCGAGAUUUACUACUUCAACUUCAAGACGGGUGAGAGCAGCUGGGACCAUCCGAUGGAUGGCAUCUUUCGCCAGCGGUUUGAGCAGGAGAAGGCUCGUACUUGCAAGCCGGCGUCGGCGGCGGCUGGGAAUGCCGCUAGCCGAAGCAUCAGCGGGCUGACUAGCAGUAUACACAGCAGCAACACUUCAGUGAUGCCACAAACGCAUGUGAUGAUGACCGAAACAGGUGUACUACGGCGAGACAUAGGGCCAGGCACUGCGCCAGGGCCUAGUCCUGCCACUACUUCGGUUAGCGGCAGCUCGAAAGGUCCAGGCGCUGGCAAUGCGCGUGACGAAGACAAGCCAUUCAUGCACUACCCUCUCCAGCAGCAGCCACAGCCAACGUCAGUGACAACGCACACAUCAGCAAAACCCCAGAGCACCACUGCCUUGUCAAACACUACAGCUGCUACCCACAGCAUUCCUGCGCGUGCUUCCACCGGACACGCACCGAAGAAGGUCGGAACCACAGAGGUGUCGUCUGCCGCUUCACUUCGCAUUGUCUCGGAGGCUGAGCGCGCGUUGGAGGAACGCGUACAGCGAGAGAUGCAGCUGGCCCUCGAGGCAGAGCGGUCCAAGAUUGAGGACGCCCAUCGCGGAGCAAUGUCCACUCUGCAGAUCAACUUUGAUAACGAUGUGGCAGAGAUGCGCCGCGCAGACGCCGCACGCCGCGCCACGGCAUCGCAGCAGCAGGUGGAGGAGCGGGAGCGCUGUCUGCAGCAGACCCGCAGCAUGUGCGAGGAAAAGUACGGCGAUGAGCUGCGCUCGCUGGAGCGAGAGGCUGAGUCGUACGCGACGAAGCUGCAGAAGCUUGAGGCAGAGGCCGCCCGCGCCACCUCUGGCAACACGCAGCGAGCCAUCAUCGAGGCCGAGCUCAAGACGGCGCUAGUGAAACAGCGUGCUGAUGCGGAGGCCACUGCCAAGAGACAGCAUGAUACUGCGAUGGCCACCACCCAGUCUGCCCACGCUGCCGCUUUGCAGAAGAUCCAUGACGAGGAGCGGGAAAGGGUUAGGGCAGCACAGCAGGCGUGGCAGCGCAAGUUCGACGAGGAAGAGCGUGUGUUGGCGCUAAAGGCGGAGGCUGAGCGAAAGCGACUGGAGGGGCAGCUGAAAGAGUUAGAAGGAAAGCUCGCAAGCGUAGCAACGCGUGCGGGGGCCAGCACGACGACUUGCAUGCCACCAGCAGCUGACUCGUCGCUGCCCGGCAGCGGCGAAUCUCUUAGCGAGCGACUGGCGCGUGUUGCCGCCACUAAGGCGGCUCGGCUACACGAAAUCGAGGCGGCUGCAGCGCGAGAGCAGUCGGCUGUGCGCACGGAAUGCGAGACGGCGCUAGCGGAGUUGGCGGAGCAGGUCCUAUUGGCCCAGCAGGUGGGGCGGCUUCUUCCGACAGGCGCCCCACCGAUCGACUUGCUGAGCCGCGGGGCUUCGUACUCGCCCGAUGGAUCGGGUGCCGUCACUGUGCAAGGUGGUGCAAGGCCUAACCCUAGGACAGUCAGCGUCGCCUUUGCGCAGGAGCUUAACCGUAUCCGCCUUGCGCGAGGCAAGGAGCGGCAAGAGCUCCUGGCGAAGCUGCGCGCUGACCGUGAGGCAGCGCUGGCGACUAUCGAGUCGCCGUCUCACUCAGCCUCCUCUGCAACGAGUCGCAGGCCUGAUCUCAACGGUGGCGCUGACGCAGCACCCGUGGGUGGUAGUGGUAGCAGCCCGACCACUGUAGAGGAGCUGAAGGCCGCUCACGCGGCGGAGCUUGAAGCGAAAAAGGUGCUUUACGCCAAUAUGGAGGAGGAUCUAAAGCAGCGGUACGCGCGCGAGCUCGCCGAUGCCGCAGGGGCAACGACGGCGACGCAGCAAAGUACCCUGGUCGCCAAAGCCGUGGACACAGAAAUGAAUUUGUAUACUCAAGAGGUAACCGCACGGUAUGAUUGCAUGCGUGCUGAAGCCGCGGCGAAGUGUGCCAAGGCGCUGACCGACCACCAGCUGGCGAUGGAGGCUUACGAGCGACGAAAGCUAGAGACAGAGACUCGUCUGGCCCGAGAGCAGCGAGAGGCGCAAGAGUCCUUCAUCCAAGACCAUCUUGACACCGUCGUGGCGGCGGAAAAGAAGAAGUUGGCUACUGACUAUGCCGCGGCCAUGGCGCGUCUGGCGGCGCGGUACGACGAGGAGCGCGACGCCUUGAAGGCGGAGGUGGAAGAGGAGAUGGAGGCCUAUGAGGCCGCGAUGCGACAAUCAAUCAUGACCUCGGUGACCACGACUGGGGCGUCUCAUGGCAGGGAUCAGGGGGCGGCGGUGGUGGUAGCUCGUGUCGGCACCACAACAGCGCCCUCUUCCACGGCCGAAGCUCGAGGAGGUACUGCGGCGACAGUAGCGCUCUGCUCGCAGGCGGAAAAGCAGCACGCCGACCGGCAUGCAGAGUGGAUGUCCCGGAAGCGCCUCCAAGCGGCGCAGCGGGCAGAGCUGGAGGAAAAGCAGUCAACGCUGCAGGCACAAAAACAGCGUGUGGAGCGGCGUGUGGAGGCGUUGAAGGAGGAGGUCGCCGGUCUCGUCGCGGCCGUGCACACCGCCGAGACUCAGCAGCCCUCUCCGCCAUCCGCUUCUGGCCCUUCAUCCCCGCCUCCUGCGUCGACCUCGGCGACUGUGACACCUGCACGCGGCUAUCUACGAUCUGUGCACGAGGCAUCGAUGCAGGACCUUGAGCAGGGGUACCGCUCUCAGGAAGCUUCCCUCGAGGCUGAGCUGAGGACGUGGCGAGAGAAGACACGUGCUCUUCAGCAGUCCCAGACGCUGCAGUCAUACACGUCGACCAGCUUGAGCACUUCGCAGCAGCAGCUGCUCUCCGACACCACCCACUCCGAAGGUGCAGCGAUGCGCCCGGCAUCGUCACCAUACGUACUCCGCCGCCAGCCGAGCCCCAUUGCUACCGCGGCUGCUGGCGUCUCGCUGCUGAACACGCCGACGAUUCCUAUGGCUUUGGAGGACUCGUCUUUGCAGCCCACUAUCCGCUCUAGCGGUCCACUAAUGAAAACUGAAAUGGUGGCUCGCGGCCCUUCGGUGACUACUGGAGUGUCAGGCACCACCGAGGCCGUCCUUUCCUACCAACAGCGGCAGUACAUUCUUCAGCAACGCCAAGCCUCACUAGAGGCAGCUCGUGAGACGUGGCAACUUUACCGAAGGCGGAAAUCAGAGCUCCAGCAGCAGGAGCAGAGCCGCUUGAGCCUCGCUGCCCUUGUGACACCUUCGGAGGACGGUCACAGGUAUGAGGGUGUCGAUCCCAGGACUCUGAGCGCCAACAGCGGCGUGAGCCGCAGCCGCAACGAGUUUCUCAGCCUCUUGUUGACUCGCCUUAUUGAGCGUCUUGACACUGUGACGAGACAGGCCAUGGCGCCGCCGCAGCGACAAAAUCGCACCCAAUCUGCUACGCGUGCUGGCGCCCAUGCUGCCAUGGUGUCAUCGCCGCACGCGCGCGCACACAGUGUGCAUAGCCACCAACACGUUGCCCGUGGCCCACCACAGCAGGAGAGAGCGAUGUCCAGGGCCGCCCUUCAGUCUCAUCACUCGAUGUUAGUGAACGCCGCCGCCGCCUCUUCCUCACCCAAGGGGCUGCCGCCAUCCACGCGGGCAUCGUUUUCGGACAGUACGAAGGCUUCUCAGUUUAUACAGCACAGCAGAAGGGGAGGGGGCAGCGUUGGCGGCCCUUCGUUCAACAAAGUCUCGUCAAAGUGA